AUGCCUAUUGGCGGUGCUCAGGUUGUCUUUCUCCUCCUUAUUACGGGGUUCGCCUCCCUUGUUCCAAAGUCUCGCAUUAUUAUGAUGAUAGUCAAUACAGCGGUAUCGGUAAUUGGUAUGCUUCUGAUUUGGAAGCUAGAUGGUAAUAAUCAGGCAGGGAAGAUGACUGGUCUCUGCCUCGGUGGUGUCUUCGCUGCCAAUAUCCCUUUGUCCCUCAGUUUAAUCAGCUCGAACGUUGCGGGAUUUACCAAGAAAAGCACAUUCAGUGCCCUUAUAUUUGCAGCGUACUGCAUUGGCAAUAUUGCUGGGCCCCGGUUCUUCAACCCUUCGGAAGAACCCUUAUAUUCAACCGGCAUCAAAGCGUCCAUGGCCGGACUCACAUUCGGAAUAUUCUUCUUGGUCUGUCUCUAUAUAUUUUUUGCCCUGGAGAACCGUCGAUGGGAUAGGCUAUAUGGGUCUCUUAGGGUGAUGACCGAAGCUGAAGAACUGGAAGACGAGCUGUCUAACAAGACCGAUCACGAGAUUGAAAGUUUUAGAUAUGUUCUUUGA